AUGGCCUCAUUCCUUGCCUCCAUUUUUGGCACCGAGCUUGACAAGGUCAACUGCUCUUUCUACUUCAAGAUCGGUGCCUGCCGCCACGGCGAUCGCUGCUCGAGAAAACAUGUCAAGCCGUCCUACUCGCAGACCAUCCUCAUGCCGAACCUGUACCAGAACCCAGCGUACGACAACAAGAGUCGCAUGAACCCGUCGCAGCUGCAGAACCACUUUGAUGCGUUCUACGAGGAUAUAUGGUGCGAGCUGUGCAAGUACGGCGAGUUGGAAGAAUUGGUCGUGUGCGACAACAACAAUGAUCAUCUGAUCGGAAAUGUGUACGCCCGCUUCAAGUACGAAGAGUCCGCCCAGAAAGCCUGCGACGAGCUCAACUCGCGCUGGUACGCCGCGCGCCCGAUAUACUGCGAGCUCAGCCCGGUGACCGAUUUCCGUGAGGCGUGCUGCCGCCUGAACAGCGGCGAGGGCUGUGUCCGUGGUGGAUUCUGCAAUUUCAUCCACCGCAAGAACCCUAGCGAGGAGCUGGAUCGCGAGCUGACGAACUCGACGAAGAAGUGGCUGAAGAUGAGGGGACGGGACGAGAGGAGUGUUAGCAGGUCGCCUACUCCUGAGCCCACGAGGAGACGGUAUUAG